GUCUCUACGAAUGUGGAAGAACUACAACCCCCAGAAUCUCUUUCCAGCAAAUGACAAGUUCCUUUCAUGUACUUCCUCCUUUCGUGGUCAUAGAGUAGCGGCUUGGGUAGAUUUCCUCCUUCUUAACUUCCGGCAUCUUUCCUGACGCGCUUGAGCCGGGCCGAACGGGUUGUACAAUGAGACCCAUUCUGCUCCAAGGGCAUGAAAGGUCCAUCACUCAAAUUAAGUACAAUCGUGAUGGGGACCUACUCUUCACUGUUGCCAAAGAUCCGGUGGUUAAUGUCUGGUACUCUGUGAAUGGAGAGCGUCUGGGAACUUACAGUGGACACACAGGAGCAGUUUGGUGUGUGGAUGUGGACUGGGAAACGCGACAUGUACUUUCUGGAUCUGCAGAUAACUCAUGCAGGCUGUGGGACUGUGAAACAGGAAAGCAGUUGGCUCUCUUGGAAACAAGCUCAGCUGUGAGGACCUGUGGCUUUGAUUUUGGUGGCAACAUAAUCAUGUUCUCCACAGACAAACAGAUGGGCUAUCAGUGCUUUGUGAGCUUUAUUGACUUGAGAGACCCUUCACAAAUUAAAGACAAUGAGCCAUACAUGAAAAUUCCUUGCAGUGAGUCCAAGAUAACCAGUGCAGUGUGGGGACCACUUGGAGAAUACAUUAUCGCUGGGCAUGAGAAUGGAGAGUUGAACCAGUACAGUGCCAAGUCUGGGGAAAUAGUUAACAGCAUCAAAGAGCAUUCCAAGCAGAUCAAUGACAUUCAGACCUCCCGAGACAUGACAAUGUUUGUUACAGCAUCCAAAGACUGCACCUCCAAGCUAUUUGACUGUACAUCACUUGAGCAUCAGAAAACUUUCCGGACAGAAAGGCCUGUUAACUCUGCUGCCAUCUCUCCUAUAUAUGACCAUGUGGUUUUAGGAGGAGGACAGGAAGCCAUGGAUGUGACAACAACAUCAACAAGAAUUGGAAAGUUCGAGGCCAGGUUCUUCCAUGUGGCUUUUGAGGAGGAGUUUGGGAGAGUUAAAGGUCAUUUUGGGCCUAUUAACAGUUUGGCAUUCCAUCCAAAUGGAAAGAGUUACAGCAGUGGAGGAGAGGAUGGAUACGUUAGAAUACAUUACUUUGACUCGCAAUAUUUCGACUUUGAAUUUGAAUCCUGAGACAGUUGCUUCAUGCUUGGUUAUAUCCUACUUAAUUUGCGCUCACACACACAAUUUAAUUGAUUGCUCAAUUACAUCAUGCAGAUUGUAUACUUUUACAAUAAAUGGAACCAUAAUUAUUGAAGUAAAAUGAGUGUGUGUGUAUAUAUAUAUAUAUAUAUAUAUAUAUAUAUGUAUAUAUAUAUGUGUGUAUAUAUAUAUAUAUAUAUAUAUAUAUAUAUAUAUAAUGUGUGUAUAUAUAUAUAUAUGUGUAUAUGUAUAUGUGCGCAGCUGUUCAGGUUGAGAACAUACUGCAUUGAACAUUAAACCAGGACAAAUAGAAAUGGAUUUGUAUUUCUGGAAUCUAUGCCUUGAUGAUUUUCAGGAGUAAGGUUCCAUAUUGCUUCUGAAACAACAUGAUCGUAUGAGAAAUAAACUGCCUUAAAAUUC